GAAGUAAUCGAAAGGAUUUCGGGUAUCGAUGCUCGCACAUUUCACAAACAGCUGAGAGCCAAACAUUCGUUCAGGCAGUGUGUUCGGAUUCAUCAAAUCAUAUCUCAGCAUUUCCAGUCGAAGCUGUAUGUAUUCGUCGCGAUCCAUUCUGUUUAGCUCGUAUCGAAGUCCCAGAGAAGCUAAAAUUGAUGCCGCAAUACCCAGCGCGGACACUGGGGAUGAAAAUAUUUGCUUUUGCCCCGACUCAGAAGAAGUGAAUACGAGUGAUUCCGUCUUAUCCAGAGUCGUACAGAUUGUCCACGGAUCACGACACUUCUGCACCGAUACGGACAUUCGUGUGAAAUUCAAACAUGUGAGAUCUUCUACAGCCAGCAGCGCCGAAGUUGUGUCGUUCGGUCGAAAUGUUUCGUUUUGCAGUUUAUAAUAAGCUAGAUGGGUCGGCAACGUUUCAAACAGAGUGCUGUUCCACAGUCGCUCGGGGGCUUCGUCGAUCAAUGCUGGACUCCAGUGCGCCGUUCCGAUGACUGAGAAGGCCGUCGUAGAACGCAGAAAGCUGGCAAAGAGCACGACUGCAAAUGCUCUUGCAAAUUUAACACUUUUCUUUUUCUUCGAAUAACCACAACGCUUCUCAUUACAAACAUUCCUAGAAAUAACGACGAGCGCGAUUACCGGAGUCAUUAUAGCAUAUUGUGGAACGUUUUCCGUAUGAAUACACGCAAAACUAUUAAACUUCAGAUCUAACACGAUUUAAGAGCCGUUUCGCUCUGUCAACGCAAGGACUCGAACAUCGCUUACAAUACCGGACUUUCUUACAAAGAAUUCGAGCAAUUAAAAUGAUCGUAGGACUACAUUACUACUCGCAACUUUCGAACGUAUUCGUGAUUGCAAUCGUCCGUCGAUUGUAGUUGGAUUGUAAGCAACUUGUAGGACGGUCCCAAGCUCGCAGGUGUUCUGCAGCAGUUCAGCCCGUGCAUUACUUUCAACUCAGCUUUCCAGCAGCAAACUCAAUUAAUUUGCGAAGCAUGAAGCCGGAGUGACCUCUGCGGCUUCACCGCUUUUCAUCAUCGCUUUGCAGUAAAUAGUAAAACUUAAGGUAAGCUUUGCAACUGAAAAUUAACUCGAAUAAAGUAGCGCAUCAUAUAUGAGAAAAUAGUCCCAUGCGUUUAAAAGACCUAGACAAAACGUCAUUGCUCACAUGAUUUCUUAAUCAUUGUUAAACACCGUUAAAGUGAGUUGAUCACAUGUGAGCGACGAAUAGUCGGAGCAAAUUCGUUAUCCACCCUACAGAAUCGAGAAAAUGUCAACAACUCUGAAGUCUACCAAGACUAAGUCGAAAAAUGGUCCUAAGGUAACAGCAAGCACGACAAAAGGCUUUGUGACGCAGAGAAGAAAGGCGUUCGCUACUCUGGUAUGCGUGCUGUCGGUCUUCGUUGCACUUUUGACCAUCUUCUACGCAUUCGAGCUGGAAGAAAAUGACGAGCACAUGUUCGUCUGCCACCCUCCAUCGGCCAUCUUCUUCCUGAAGGUGCACAAGUGCGCCAGCAGCAGCAUCCAGAACAUGCUGUUCCGCCUGGCCGAACGGCUGGACAUGCCGGUGGCGCUGCCGGAGACGGGAAACUACUUCGGUCACCCCCGGCACUUCAGAGCGCAUAUGGUGCACCGGCCUCUGGGCGCGCACAACACCACCUACCGCUUGAUGGCGCACCAUCUGAGACUCGACCAGGAACAGGUCAUGAAGGUGCUCGGUCCCAACGCCACCUGGCUGGCCGUGCUGCGCCGGCCGGCCGACCAGUUCAUCUCCAUGUUCGAGUACUACCGGCUACAGGAGGUGUGGAACAUGACGCUGGCGGAGUUCGCCGCCUCCACCACCCAGUACGAGCCGCUGGGGAUCACCCAUUUCCGCCCCAACCAGAUGUCGUUCGACCUGGGUCUGGACGUGCGGACCCUGAUGUCAGACGACCAGCUGCUGGGUGACACCCUCACCCAGCUGCACCAACGCUUCGAUCUCGUCCUCAUCGCCGAACUGCUGGACGAGUCGCUCGUCCUGCUCAAAUACCGUCUCUGUCUGGAAUGGGACGAUGUUGUGGUGUUUAGACACAACGCGCGGCCACCCUGGCUGCGCUCGGCUGCCACACACAACGGCACGCUUCGGCGGCAGCUGCGGCACCAUCUGCAGAUAGAUACGGCCGUCUACCACCACUUCUAUCAGCGGCUGAGACAGCAGCUGAGGGACUACGGGACGGCACACAUACGCGCCGGCCUGGCCACGCUGCGCGCGCGGGUGCAGCACUGGGCGGCUCAGUGCCGCGGGUGGAAGUGGAACUGGCCCGGUGAUCAGUCCCCGCUGCCUCCCCGAGGGACCUCGGACGCACAGAGACACGUCUGGAUGUGUUCACGGCUGUUCACGCACGAGAUCACCUACACGGAGCAUAUCAGAAUGGAACAGGAGUGGGAGGCGCACCGCUCUCACUUCUGGGAUAAACUGCUCGCUAAAAACUGGCCAGUCAGGUAGUGAUGUGUCCCCAAUGCCCGACGCAGUGUGACCCGUAUUUGGAAAGGUUGUACAACGCGGCCCCAGUAUUGACGUACAGCUCGGCCAAGUUCGUCAGGGGACACUGAAGAGGUCAGAGCUCACCACCAAAGAAAGACUAACAUCGAUACGAUCAUCAGUAGACUGAUCAAGGAGAUCAAGAUGUCGGUAGUUUGCCAAAGUGAUGUGCCGCUACCACCCGCAAUAAAAGCAACUGACAGUGAUUUUUAUUCCGCAUCCUAUAGAUUACUCUAAUGCGCAGUUCCGUUGUUAUCCAUUCAAUGAACACGAGACGUGCAGAAAACGUUUUGUUUUAUUUUUAACAAAAUACAAAUCUUGGUUAACA